ACAUACAAAAAUAAAUAUAAAUCAUUGCUUCCUUUUUUGAUAAAAAAAAUAAAAUAAAUAUGUGUGACAUUCAUGUAUGUAAUAGAGUAAAGACACAUGAAUAUGAAAGCAUCUCCAGCAAGAAUAACGUGGGAAGACAAUACUUGUUCAUUCUUGAAAAGUAACUCUCUACUAUAUGAUAUUCAUAUACUUUGCUUCUUAAAUCACAUGCUUUCAGCUUUCAUAUUCAUAAUUAAUGUUUUAGAAUCUUUGCAACUUGAAACCUUUUUAUACCUGCAAGUUUAGCUUUGAGGUAAUCUUAGAUACUCUAUCCUUUUUUAGUUUACAAUUUAUUUAUUAUUUUUUUCUUAUAUUGUGAAUUUAAUACACAUGUGGGUCUUCACUUCUCUAACUCACCUAAUUAUUUAUAUUGUUUCAUCUUUUGUCUUCACUUUGUAAUAUCUUAACUUGAUUGGUUCAUAUAUGACUUAUCAUCAUAAUUUAUAAAAAGUCUUGAUUCUUGCUCAUGGCUUAUUUUUUAUAUAUAUAUUUAAGUAUGUCGGUAUCUAAAUAUUCAAAUCCAAAUUUUCAUUCUAUGAUUUUUGUUUUGUUAUGUGAUUUAAUAUUUAUUUAAGAGGGUUUUUUCAUUUUCUACAAAAAGUUUGAAAAAAAUGAGGUGUUAUCUUUGUUUGUGUCUUUGUGUUGAUGUUGAAAAGGUUGUUUUUUAUGACAGGUUUUGAGUUUUGAUGUUGGUUUAAGCUAGAAGAAAAUUUUUGCUGCAAAAAUUGCAGAUUUUUGAGAUUUUACUGAAAAAUGGAGGUGUUUGGGAUAAAGGGUUUUUUCAUCUUUGUUUUCUGUUUGUGGAUUUCAAAUGAAGUUAUGGCAGCAACCAUUGGAAACUCUAGUGUUUCUUCUAGACCUAGUGUUUUGAAAAUUGGAGCAUUGUUUACUGUUAAUUCUGUGAUUGGAAGAUCAGCUAAACCUGGAAUCAUGGCUGCAAUUGAAGAUGUUAAUGCUAAUAAGAGCAUUCUUCCUGGUGUUAAACUUGAAGUUAUUUUACAUGAUACAAAUUGCAGUGGAUUUCUUGGAACAGUGGAAGCUUUGCAGUUGAUGGAAAAUGAAGUGGUUGCUGCAAUCGGUCCACAAUCUUCAGGAAUAGCUCAUAUCAUCUCUCAUGUAGCUAAUGAACUCCAUAUACCUCUUCUUUCAUUUGGGGCAACAGAUCCAACUCUAUCAUCUCUGCAGUUUCCGUAUUUCGUCCGAACCACGCACAGUGACUAUUUUCAGAUGUAUGCUAUUGCAGACCUUGUUGAUCAUUAUAGAUGGAGGCAAGUAAUUGCCAUUUUUGUAGAUGAUGAUAAUGGAAGAAACGGUGUUUCAGUACUCGGAGACGCGCUAGCUAAGAAACGCGGCAAGAUAUCUUACAAAGCGGCAUUAUCUCCUGUAGCGACCAAGAGUGAUAUCAGUGACUUGUUAAAUAGUGUUAACUUAAUGGAAUCAAGAGUCUUUGUUCUCCAUGUUAAUCCUGAUUAUGGUUUGGCUAUUUUUUCUAUUGCAAAGAAUCUCGGAAUGAUGACUAGUGGUUAUGUGUGGAUUGCAACAGAUUGGCUUCCUUCAAAGUUGGAUUCAAUGGAGCCAGUUGAUGCUAACACAUUAAAUCUCCUUCAAGGUGUUAUUGCUUUGAGGCAUCACACUCCUGAUACUAAUCUCAAAAAGAGUUUUUUCUCUAGGUUGAAGAACGCAAACGGCACGAAAACUUCAAGCUUCAACUCUUAUGCUUUAUAUGCAUAUGAUUCUGUCUGGUUAGCGGCUUAUGCUCUUGAUACUUUUUUCAAAGAAGGUGGAAACAUAUCUUUCUCAUCUGAUCCUAAGUUAGUUGACACAAAAGGAAGUAUGUUGCAUUUGUCUUCGCUUCGUGUUUUCGAUGGUGGCCCGUCGUUUCUCCCUACACUUUUGAGAAUGAACUUCACUGGUUUGAGUGGUCAGAUUCAGUUCGCUAACGGAAAGGACCUAAUUCAACCAUCAUAUGAUAUCCUUAACAUCGGAGAUUCUGGUUCCCGGAGAGUCGGUUAUUGGUCUAAUUACUCUGGUUUAUCAGUUUUAGCUCCUGAAAUUUUAUACAAGAAACCACCUAACACUUCAACAAGCAAUCAAAAACUGUUCAGUGUUUUGUGGCCCGGAGAAACUGUAGCUAUACCAAAAGGAUGGGUUUUUCCCAACAAUGGAAUGCCUUUGAGAAUAGCAGUGCCUCAUAGAAUAAGCUACUUGGAGUUUGUUUCUAAGGACAAGAAUCCACCUGGAGUUAGAGGCUAUUGCAUUGAUGUCUUUGAAGCAGCCAUAAACUUGUUGCCUUAUCCUGUUCCGCGAAAAUAUAUAUUAUAUGGAGAUGGUAAUAGAAAUCCCAGCUACAGCGAGCUUGUCAAUCAGGUCGCACUUAAUAACUUCGAUGCAGCUGUUGGAGAUGUUACAAUUGUCCCAAACAGAACAAGGCUUUUGGAUUUCACUCAACCUUUUAUGGAGUCCGGGCUUGUAGUUGUUGUUCCUGUCAAAGAAAUCAAAUCAAGCCCUUGGGCUUUUCUCAAGCCAUUCACUGCUCAAAUGUGGUGUGUUACUGGCGCCUUUUUUCUUUUUGUCGGAGCUGUUGUAUGGAUUCUUGAGCACAGACACAAUCCUGAGUUCCGAGGUCCACCGAAGAAGCAACUUAUGACAAUCUUUUGGUUUACUUUCUCAACAAUGUUUUUCUCACACAGAGAGAACACUGUGAGCGGUCUUGGGCGAUUCGUGCUAAUCAUAUGGCUUUUUGUAGUAUUGAUUAUCAAUUCAAGCUACACGGCAAGCUUAACAUCCAUCCUCACAGUGCAGCAACUAUCCUCACAAAUUGAAGGAAUUGAUAGCUUGAUAUCAGGUACUCAACCAAUUGGAAUUCAAGACGGGUCAUUUGCAAGGAGGUAUCUGAUAGAUGAACUCAAUAUACAACCAUCUAGGAUAGUUUCAUUGAAAAAUCCAAAGGCGUAUGUCGAUGCCCUUACGCGUGGACCAAAAGGCGGAGGAGUUGUGGCUAUUGUUGAUGAGCUUCCUUAUAUUGAAAUCUUUAUGUCUAGUACCAACUGCAAGUUCAGAACUGUUGGACAGGAGUUCACUAAAAGUGGUUGGGGAUUUGGAUUCCAGAGGGACUCGCCCCUUGCUGUCGAUAUGUCAACUGCCAUACUUCAACUCUCAGAAAAUGGUGACCUGCAAAAGAUCCAUGACAAAUGGCUUUCAAAACAAAAUUGUGCUGCAAAAGUUGAUGACGUUGAUUCAAAUGAACUAUCUCUUAGUAGCUUCUGGGGUCUCUUUCUUAUAUGUGGCAUUGCAUGUCUCAUUGCUAUGACUGUAUUCUUUGUUAGAGUGUUCUGUCAAUACAUGAAAUUCAUCCCAGAGAGUGAGGAGGAAGUUGACCAGGAAAAUCCGUCAAAUAGGCGUAGAAGAAGUUUUCGAUCUUCAAAAAGCUUCAAAGAGUUGUUUGAAUUUGUGGAUAAGAGAGAAAGAGAAAUCAAGGAGAUACUUAGGCAGAAGAGUAAGAAAAGGAGACGUGACGACCAAUUUAGUUCACUUACCUAAGCAAGUAAAUACUAAAUAACCAUAUGUAUGUAUAUUUUUGUCCUUGUAUUUUUGAUAUUUUGGUUAUACCAUAGUAACAGUAUUGACACAAAUUUGUCUAUGCUGAAAAUUCCUUCCUUCUUGGCUAGGAAAUUAUGUUUGUAAGAUUAUUAUUAACAGUAUAGAAAAAAGGCAAGAAAAUCUUGGUCUACAUUUCAAUAUACACCAGAUUUAGGCAAUUGUACUUUCAUAUAUACAAUAUAUAAGUUUUGAGUUCAAGUGUUCAA